AUGGUCAAAACACUCCCCUUCGCCGACCUCGAGGUGCCCACCCCAGGCUUUGGUGCGAUGGGUCUGAGCUUCGGCCUGGGUAGCAACCUGUCCCUAGAGGAAGCCGAGCCCGUGCUGCUGAAAGCCAUCGAACUGGGAUGUACAUUCUGGGAUACAGCCGUGAGUGAUCAUCCAGCCUGUUUGGAAUACUACCGAUUGAGUCUAACCUGCGGAGCAAAGGUCGUCUAUCAAGCAGGUGUGAACGAGAAGCUCCUCGGCGACUUCAUCAGGAAACAUAACGUCCGUGACAAAGUCUUCAUUGCCUCCAAAUGCGGCUUCAAUGUUUUCGGUGGUGGCGGCGUCACCAAUUCCGCCGCGCACAUCAAGGAGUACAUCGAGGGAACCAUUGAACGGCUGGGUUUCACCCCGGAUCUGUACUACUUGCAUCGGAUGGAUCCCAACACCCCCCUGGAGGAGUCCAUCCCGGCACUGGAUGAAAUCCGCAGAGCCGGCAAGACCAAGUACAUCGGUCUCUCCGAGUGUUCGACCGCGACGCUCCGUAAAGCCAACUCCAUUGCCAAAAUCGACGCCAUCCAGGCCGAGUACUCCGCCUUCGAAACACUACACGAGACAGACGGUCUUAUCGAUACAUGUCGAGAACUAAACGUGGCUUAUGUGGCUUACAGCCCCCUGGGCCAUGGGUGGCUCGUUGAAGACUUCCCAUUCAAGACCCCGGACGACUUUGCUGAGGGUGACUUCCGCCGCACGAGCCCCAAGUUCCAAGGUGAGAAUUUCUACAAGAACCGCGCAAUUGUGGAGGAGAUCAAGAAGCUCGCUGCUCGAAAGGGCUGCUCGAUUAGUCAAAUUGCGCUUGCUUGGGUCGCUGCGCAGGGCUUCAUCGCGAUCCCGGGCACGACGAAGGCUACUCGGUUGGAGCAGAAUUGGGCUUCGAGGGAGAUUGAGUUGACGGAGGAAGAGAAGCAAGAGAUGAGGAAAAUCAUUGAUGCUGCAAAGCCGCAUGGCAACCGGUACGGCGCUGCGAACCAGGCUUUGGUAGGCCAUUAG